AUGGAGGAGGCAAAUGAGCAGAAGCAGUCCAAGUACCAGGAGCCGGUGGAUCGGUGCUGGAUGAGAGGUGGGAAGAUGCGUUGUGGGCCCAUGGAAGUGGGGUGUAGAGGCUUUGUCGGCUGCCCACUGUGCAAACUCUGCACUGCACUUGGCAUCACUGGGACUGCAAAAAGGAAAGCCAUCAAGACUUCCAUGGAGGCUGCACAGAGGGGCCUCCAGAUGGGAGAAGACCUUACCUUCUGUCCUUGUCCUAUAUCUCCAGCCCCCCGGAUCAUCACCCUUUUAGAGACGGUGGAUGUCCUGUUGGAUCACAAUGCCACAUUCAUCUGUGAGGUGGAGUCCCGCCCUCCUGCUGACAUCACCUGGACCAGGAACAACCACCAAAUCCUUUAUUAUGAUCCGCGUUACAUUACCAGAGAGCAGGGCCAGAUGCUGAUCAUCCCUAACGUCAGGGAAUCAGACAACGGAGAGUACUGCUGUCUGGCCAACAACGGCAUCGGAGAUCCGGCCAAAAGCUGUGGGGCGCUGCAGCUUAAGAUGAAGCCUCAGAUUAAACGCCACCCCACCAAUGUGACUCUGCUGUUGGACUCCAAGGCGGUUUUGCCCUGCGUUACCCUCGGCAACCCUAAGCCAGACAUCACCUGGCUCAAAGAUGAUGAGCUGGUCAAGGUCAGCGACCGCGUCAGCAUCCUCGACUACGGGGCCCUGAAGAUCCAUCACAUCCAGAAGCAGGAUGCAGGGCAGUACCGCUGUGUGGCCAGAAACAGCUUCGGCUUGGCUUUCUCAAAGCCGGUCACCAUUGAGGUGCAGGCUCCCGUGCGGAUCUUGCGGGUUCCUAAGGAGAAGAGAGUGGCGUACGGCGCCCAGAUCUCCCUGGAGUGCAACGCCACAGGAAACCCGACCCCCACCAUCACCUGGCUGGAGAACGGAAACACUAUUUCGGGGGCCUCGGUCGAAGAGACGCUGGUGGGGGAGGUGAUUGUGUCUGUGCUCAAGGUGACCGUCAGUAAGCCGGCCCUGUACACCUGUCUGGCCUCCAACAGGCACAGUGCCGGGGACAACACGGUCAAAGCCACGGCGAGGGUCACGGUGGAAGAGUGGAGACUCUACAAGGGCAGUGCGGGUUACUGCAGUGCGUAUCGUGGUGACAUGUGCCGCGGCGUCCUGCGAGAUGACUCGCUGGUCUUCUUUAACUCCUCCCACUCCGACCCCGAGGACACGCAGGAGUUCCUGGUCCAGAGCUGGUGGACCGAGCUGGACGGACUGAGCGUGCUCUGUAGCCCUGCGGCCCGCUCUCUGCUCUGUCACCUCUCCUUUCCGGACUGCAACCCGUCGGGACUGGGACCAGCGCCCAAACCCGUCUGCAGGGAGCAUUGUCUGGCGGUGAAGGAACUGUACUGCCAUAAGGAGUGGCUCAUCCUGGACGGCAGCUCGUCAGCCCCGUCCAGUUACCGCGCCGGGGCCAGGUCUCAAACCCACAACCUGCUGCUGCCGAACUGCCAGGCCUUACCCAGCCUCCACACGGACCCGCAUGCGUGUACACACGUCCCUUUCGUAGACAUCCAGAAAGAUCAAGUCACAAGAACAUGUUAUAAUGACAGAGGCCGUUUCUACCAAGGUGACAUAAAUGUGACCAGCUCUGGGAUACCCUGCCAGCCAUGGAGCCAACAGGUUCCCCACCAGCACCGCCUGUCUGUGGACGUUGUUCCGGAGCUGAAGAACUCACAGAACCACUGCAGGAACCCCGGAGGAACCAGCGACAAACCCUGGUGUUACACCUCAAACCCCAACAUACGCUGGGAGUACUGCUCCGUGCCCCGCUGUGGAGAGACAGUGUUGAAGCCAGAGACAACAUUCCCCCGACAGACUGCUCCUCUUCCCGCCACAGUGGCGGUGUCUCCUGCCUACUCUAUGUCCGUUAUCAUCAUCCUUCUCACUGCCCUGGCUGCUUCAGCCUUCCUCACCAUCAUCAUCCUCGCCUGCCGGCGACAAAGGAAGCAGUGGCGGAACAGGAAGAGAGUGAUGGAGACCCCGACACUGACCACCCUUCCCUCUGAGCUCCUUCUGGAUCGGCUCCAUCCAAACCCCAUGUACCAACGGGUCCCACUGUUACUCAACUCCAAGCUGCUGGCCCUCGAGUACCCUCGCAACAACAUACAAUAUGUCAGGGACAUUGGGGAGGGAGCCUUCGGCCGGGUUUUCCAAGCAAGGGCCCCGGGUCUGCUGCCCAUGGAGUCCUUCACCAUGGUAGCAGUGAAGAUGCUGAAGGAGGAGGCCUCGGCCGACAUGCAGAACGACUUCCAGAGAGAGGCCGCACUCAUGGCCGAAUUUGACCAUCCAAACAUUGUUCGACUUCUAGGCGUGUGCGCUGUGGGAAAGCCCAUGUGUCUGAUGUUUGAGUACAUGGCUCAAGGCGACCUCAACGAGUUCCUGCGCCGCCGCUCCCCCGCCGACCCCGUGCGCACCCUGAGCUGCGCCAGCCUAUCCGGGCGGAGCUUCUCCUCCGAGGCGGAGCUGGGGCCCCUCUCCUCCGCCGACCAGCUGUCCAUCUCCAAGCAGGUCGCCGCGGGGAUGGCCUACCUCUCCGAGCGCAAGUUCGUCCACCGAGAUCUCGCCACCCGCAACUGCCUGGUGGGCGAGGACAUGGUGGUGAAGAUCGCCGACUUCGGCCUGUCGAGGAACAUCUACUCAGCCGACUACUAUAAGGCCAACGAGAACGACGCCAUCCCCAUCCGCUGGAUGCCCCCGGAGUCCAUCUUCUACAACCGCUACACCAGCGAGUCGGACGUCUGGGCCUACGGCGUGGUGCUGUGGGAAAUCUUCUCCCUCGGGAUGCAGCCCUACUACGGCAUGGGCCACGAGGAAGUGAUCUAUUACGUGCGGGACGGCCACAUCCUGUGCUGCCCGGAAAACUGUCCUCUGGAGCUGUACAAUCUAAUGAGGCUGUGCUGGAGCACGCACCCCUCAGACCGGCCCAGUUUCUGCAGCAUACACCGGAUCCUGGAGCGCAUGCACCAAAAUGCGCUCAGCGUGAACCCCGACCCCAAGCCCGACUGCUAA